AUGUUGAAGAAGCUGCUCUUCGCGCUGUUGUUCCUCGCGGUUACGGUAUCCAGCAUGGUCUGGGAACCGCCAGAGAACCUCUACGCUUCAUUCCCUUCCGGAGCACAUAAGCGGGAGACCCGGAUGAGAGAACUGCGAAUUCCACCACCGUACGACACACUGCCCCUAGUGCAACGUUGGAUAUUCAAACGAGGUGGCGGCAGGAAUUUU